UCUCUCUCUCUCUCUCUCUCCUCCUAAGCUAGCUUCUUCUGUUAGUGCUUCAUACCAUUUUUUUUUUCUUAAACCUUUUUUAUUUAUAUAUUUCAUCUUAACUUUGUCUUUCUUUCUUUCAUUAUUUUCCAGAUUUGGGUUUUCUUUUGUCUUUUUAGAUCAUUCACAUAUUUUUAGAUCCUUCAAAACAAAUUUAUUUUUUGUAAACAUGACAAAACAAAGAUCCAAAUUAAGUUGCUAAUUAUUUUUUAUAGUUUUCCAAAAAUCCACCAAUUUUGUUUUUGUUUUUUUUUUUUUUUUAAAAAAAAAAAAGAAUGAUAAAACAUCAGCUACAACAACAAGAACAACAAGUUUUUUUAGAAGAAAACAUGUCAAAUUUGACUUCUGCUGCUUCUGGUGAUGCUAGUGUUUCUUCCGGUAAUAAUAACAAUAAUAGAGUUGAACCUAGCAACUCUUUUUACUUUCCACAUCAUCACUCUGAUGACCAACAGCCUUCUGAACAACCUCCGGCUAAGCGGAAGCGAAACCUACCCGGUAACCCAGACCCAGAUGCAGAAGUGAUAGCUUUAUCACCAAAAUCAUUACUAGCAACAAACAGAUUUGUUUGCGAGAUCUGCAACAAAGGGUUUCAAAGAGAUCAGAAUUUACAGCUUCAUAGAAGAGGGCAUAACUUACCAUGGAAGUUGAAGCAGAGGACAAACAAAGAAGUUAGGAAGAAAGUUUAUGUUUGUCCUGAAACAAGCUGUGUGCACCAUGAUCCUUCAAGGGCUUUGGGUGAUUUAACUGGGAUUAAGAAACAUUUUUGUAGAAAACAUGGUGAAAAAAAAUGGAAAUGUGAUAAAUGUUCUAAGAGAUAUGCUGUUCAAUCUGACUGGAAAGCUCAUUCCAAGGUUUGUGGUACUAGGGAAUACAGAUGUGAUUGUGGCACCCUUUUCUCCAGGAGAGAUAGUUUCAUAACACACAGAGCAUUUUGUGAUGCAUUAGCAGAGGAAACAGCUAGAUCAAUCACUACAAACUCAAUUCUACCACACCCUAUUGCUGCUGCUGCUGUCGCCGCAGCCGGGCCUUCCAACUCUCACUUCAUGACCCCUCAGCAACAUCAUCAGCAGCAGCAAGUUCAGUUCCAGCAACAACAACAACAGCAGGAUCAUCAGCUACAUGCAUUCCCACUGAAAAGAGAGCAACAACAGCACAUGAUGAACAACCUCCCACCAUGGCUUGCUUGUCCAUCAAUAGAUCCGUCAUCGUCUUCGUCAUCAUCAAUCUUCCAUCACCAUGCCAUGAUGCCACAUCAGCAACAGCAACAAAAUCCAAACCCUAGUAACAACAACAACAACAGUAACAACCCUAGCAUGGGACCCACAUUCUCAUCAUCCUCAGGAGGAGGAGGAGGUACAGGAAGUCUUGGUGGACCUUACCACACACAAGUAUCAGUAGCGGCAUCAUCUCCCCACAUGUCAGCUACUGCAUUGCUGCAAAAGGCAGCUCAGAUGGGCGCUACCAUGAGCAACACUGCAGCCACUCAACCCCACCACCACCACCACCACCACUCGCAACGUCACAUGACUGACACUAAUCCCAAUACAACUACUACAGCUGGUUUAUUUGGUUUGAAUUUGUCCUCACGUGAUCAAGAUAUCAUCCCAACUAGUACUCCUACUACUAGUACUACCAAUAAUAAUAAUAAUAAUAAUAGUGGCCUUAUAGUAAACCAUGCUUUGUCUUCUUUUGGGAAUAAACCUACAACAACUCCAACACCAACCACCACCACUACUACUACCAAUGUUGCCGGUGCUACCUCCAUUGGUGGGUCUGAUCACCCACACCUUACUAGUCCGAGUUCGCCACCACAACCACAACCACCAACAUCCUCCUCUAGCUUCUUCCAUGACAUGAUGAUUAAUUCAAUUUCAUCUUCCUAUGAUCACCAUGAUGACGAUGCAUUUGGUAUCGCUGGUAUGUUAGGCACUUCCAAGAAAGGUGGCGAUGACACUUCUUCCAUGGCUGCAUUCCAUCACUCUCUGGGUGCCACCCGAGGCGACGACGCCAAUGGAAACAACAACAACAACAACAAUGGAGGAGGCAAUGAUGGAUUAACAAGGGAUUUCUUGGGAUUAAGACCACUUUCACAUAAUGAUAUUCUCACCAUUGCUGGACUUGGUAAUUGCAUCACAACAAAUCAUCAUCAUCAUCAACAAGAUAGCCAUAAAUCAUGGCAAGGUUAGCUAAAUAAUUAAAUAGCUAGUAAUUUAAGUUUAAUUAAUUAAUUAGUUACUGCAACAACAUUUUGCUUCUCUCUUUCUUUUGUUGUUGCUUAUUAGCUACCUUCUCUCAAAGGAAAAGGGCUUUUCAUACAUUAUAUUGUUACACAAAAAAAUACAAGAAUAUGCCCCCCCCCCUUUUUUUUUUAGUAUCAAGUUUAUAUAUAUUCAUAUUUGUAUAA